GGAAAUGAGGCAUUCUAUGUGCUUUUUAGGCUUCACCAGAUUCUAUAUGAAAGGUUAUUAUCAGCAAAGCUGAAUUCAGCAUCAUCUGAGUCAAAAUGGAGAACUGGAAAGGAUACUGGUACUGAUCCCUAUGACAGAUUCAUGAGUGCGCUGUAUGGUUUGCUUGAUGGAUCUGCAGAUAAUUCAAAGUUUGAGGAUGAUUGCCGAUCAAUCAUUGGAAAUCAGUCAUAUGUGCUAUUCACGUUGGACAAGCUGAUAUAUAAGCUGGUCAAACAGCUUCAAACAGUCUCGAGUGAUGAGCUGGACGGUAAGCUGCUUCAGUUGUAUGAAUAUGAAAGAUUAAGGAAACCAGAGAAGUUUGUUGAUUCAGCUUAUUAUGAAAAUGCUCAUGUGCUCCUCCACGAAGAGAGUAUAUACCGGUUUGAAUGUACAUCUUCCCCUACCCGUCUGUCCAUUCAGUUGAUGGAUGGUGGAAGUGACAAGUCUGAAGUAGUUGCAGUUGCGGUAGAUCCCAAAUUUGCAGGUUAUCUGCAUAAUGAUUAUCUGUCGGUCGAACAUGGGAAAAAGGAGUCUUCUGCAGUUCUGCUGAAGAGGUAAUUAG